GAUGAAUGGUGUAGGUGACCAGACUAAGGUUAGCUUUGUUUACCUAGUGGCUGUGACCCUAGGCACUAUGGUUGUCCAGGGGAUGAGGGUGCAGCCAGUUGGUAUGACAUCAUCAGACAUUGAUACAGGGCUGAUGUAGAUGUCUGCGGGCACCUUGUCGGUCCAGAACAGUCUGUCACGUCUUAGGUGUAGGAUCUACAGCUUCUAACUUUAAAACCAAACAUGGAUUCUCCUGCUGAAAAAGACUCCAAUUCAACAGACUCGUCAAAAGACUCCAAAGAGAAUACAAAGGACAGGAAAGGUUCCUCAAGCAGUGACAGUACUGAGGCACAUGGUGCAUCUCCUCAGCCAAAACCCACCAAAUCAAGUGUUGAGCCUAAGACAAAUGGUAACCAUACAACUCCAAAACGAGAUCUGACAGCACCAACAAAGAGUAGCUCGGCGAAGGUGAAACCUGUAGCUCCAAAGAAGCCAUUACCGACACCUCACAAAACUGAACCUGUUAAAAAGACUGAGAAAUCAUUGAAAAACGGCUCGGGUAAAAAGAAAACAAGCUCGUCAGAAUCUUUACAGGAAUCUGAGUCCAAGUCAAACAAGGAGAAGACCAUUCCACCAGAGGACAAAGUGGUGGACGACGUGUCAGUCAAUGGUAAAACACAGAAGUCUGCUCCGAAGUCAGACUCUCUCAGUCCUCAAAAGUCGACUCCACCAGCAGACGCAACAAGUUCUCAAACCAGUUCUACCAAUGAUGACCGCCCAGGUGACCAUUCAAUAACACCUGGAGAAACAGUCGACCAAUCAGUAGCCUCCUCUCAUCACCCCUCUGUUGCUGCCGCUGAUACCACACGCAGUAUGGCUUCCUGUGACCCUCACACCAUUGCUGGCAUCAACCCAGAGACUACUGAACGCAUGAUAAUUAGUAAGGGCAAGGUCAAGUACAUCAACUUAAUCUACAAGAAGGUUGAGGCCAAGAUUUAUGACUACAAGUGUGACGUUAAACUCCUGGUUGGGAAGGAACAUUUCCGUGCUCAUCGAGAUGUUCUUUCAGAUGCGAGUGACUAUUUUGGUGCAAUGUUCUCGCACGAUAUGAAGGAGAAAGGACAGGACACUAUAGAACUGAAGGAAAUCAGUCCCAAGGGCAUUACUGUGAUGCUUGACUACUUUUACCAUGGAUACAUCACCGUGGAUACCACUAACAUUGAAGACAUCAUAGAAGCUGCACGCUUCUUCCAUGUCGAGUGGAUAUUGGAGGUUAGCUGUGAUUUUCUGGUCCAGUGUAUGAGCAUUGUAAACUACCCUGCCGUUCUCACAAUGACCGAUAAAUACACUCUUGGUGACCUGCGAUAUGAAAUCCUUGUGUUUUUCAGCCGUAAUCUAGAAGCCUUGUCUAAGGAAGAUGACUUUUAUACAAAUUUGCCUUAUGAACUUUUGUUACAGUUUCUCAUGGAUGAUAUCUAUAUUGAAUGCUCUGAAUAUUUCUUGGUUCAGAACUUGUUGAAGUGGUUGGCAGUAGAUCCAGUUGGGCGUAAGGACCAGUUUCAAUCCCUUGUGAGGCAAAUCCGCUUCUUUCUGAUGGAGGCGGAAGAAUUGGAGGCACUCCCUGAGGAUGUGACCAAAAUUGCAGGGUUGAAGGAGGAGAUUAAAGAAGCCAUUAAUCACAAUCUCAACAUCAUGGGUCAGUGUCUUAAAUGUGGAGAGAAGUACAUCCCCAGGGGCUGUAGAUCUGUUGCCACCAUCUUUUCCUUCUCAGAAGAAGGUUAUUUCAUUAUUUACCGAGAUCCAUCCAAGCCUGGCCUCACCAUGGAACAACUUGGACCCUGUGGAUUGGACACCACAGACUACCAGGCAAUGUCACAAGCAAAGAUUGGUAACUUCCUGUAUGCAGCUGGGGGUUAUGAUGAAAACUUCUCAAGUACGCCCCGAAUGUUUCGGUUUGAUCCCCGUUUCAGGGAUUGGACGGAGGUAGCUCCCAUGAAUGAACCCCGUGUCUCUUUCUGCCUGUGUAGUUCUGACCAUGACUUGUUUGCUGUUGGAGGUGUUCAUCGUGUUCACAUUGAUGAUGACAAUGAACCGGAGACUAUCCUUGACUCAGUAGAGAUAUACUGUCCACAAGACAACCAGUGGACCAACACGACCCCCAUGCCCAUCAAGGUGUUCGACAUGGCUGCAGCCUAUUACAACGGCUCUCUGUAUGUCUGUGGCGGCAUUAGUGCUGACCCACACCACCCCUGUCCCUUGGGGGCAGUCUAUAGUCUCAAGGUAGGUGGUGAUGAUGGGUGGGUCAAGCGUACAGACAUGAUAACUCGUCGUCAAGGACACAGUCUAACUCCCUACAAAGGAAAACUCUAUGCCAUAGGAGGUUACAGCAUGCCUGAAACUCAUUUCAGUGAGUGUUACGAGAAUGAAGUGUACGACAUAGAAACCAAUCAAUGGACUCAGUUUACCCCCAUACCGAUCGAGUACGGCCACCUGUAUCGUCAUAAUGGCAUCCUGAACGGGGUCAUCUUCUUUCUUGGAGGAGACACCCCUGAAGCAUUUCUGUACAUGUAUGACAUAGACGCUGACCAGUGGGAGGAGGUAGAACAUGUGGGAAGUAACGUCCAGAAACUCGCAGUGCUGGAUGUGGCUUACCCAUAAACCAACACUAGACGUCAUGGCAUGAGAGUCCACCCAGUAUCGCUACUAAUACUGUACAGUUGAUCCACUCACACCAAUAUGAAUACAUACGUGUUACCUACCCUGCCAUUCCAGCUAGGGGUGCUCCUACUGUAGGAGGGAACUUACAGUACAAGACAAGACAUGACAAGACAAGACAUGGCAGUUGAAUGAAUAUCCAGAAACUAGUCGCGCUGGAUGUGGCUUAUCGAUAAACCCACACCUGUCAUCAUUUCAACAAAUGGAGAGCUCUUUUGUUUUUAUCUACAAGACCUUCUUGUCAGCAAUUUUAAUGUCUUCUCAAAAUGGCAUUCAGUAUGCAAUGCAAUGGCGUAAAAGUGACAACUUUUUUGGUCUGAUUGAUUCUGUAUACAAGAAAAUGCUGUAAAGUAUUUGGAUCUGACUGGUUAGCAUUGAUAGUCUCUAUUAGCUUAUGGCUUUUUCUGCACAAAUAAAAAUUGAGUUUUAUAUACAAAUUACACUGCUAAAGGGCCUGUCACACACUGCUGAUGUACCUCACGGGGACUAAACCGGAGCAAAAUAUUAACAGCGAGAAAACUAACGAUGAACUACCGAUCUUAUCGAUGUGGUACCAUUGCGCUGCGCUACUAGUACCAAUUCCGGGAAAUCACCAAACUUGUGCUCCGGUAUAGCUCCGGCAACCAAAUCGGCUAGUUGUGACAGGGCCUUAAAUGAUAAAAUAUCUGCCAGACAAUUGCCAUAUUAACUUAUAAACUGUAGGUUAGGAUAAAACAUCUUAGUAGUUGUAUACAGAUAUGCUAAGUAAACUAAUAUCUAUAAAUUCUGUCUAUUAUCUUUCAAACCAUCUAAUACAGCUAUAUCUUUUAUGGACAGGAAAGAUUGUAUGGGAGGAUUGUAAGGCUAGACAGUGUACGUUUGUGUUUUGCGAGUCACUGGCAUGGCUCGUAUCUAUAGUCAUAAGUCUAACAGGUUGUUACACCUCAAGCCAUUUUUGUUUUUGUGUGGAAGCUUUCUGUAAGCUUGUAUGUGUGACUGAGAGGUUGAGUUCAACUUUGUUCAUCUGAAAAAUUGAGAUGUUUCCUACCAUUAGGGUUCUAUCCCUCCAGUCACCUGGGUUUAGUCACGGACUAUCUACAGUAAAUGUGUCAGUCUGGAGAUCUCUGACUGUGAUGGCCUUUCCUUUCUGUCAAGUUAAAUGCAUAUUCAAUGUUAUCUGAAUUUAUAUAAAUGUACAAUGUAUGUUUUAAGAAUCUAUACCCAAUAUUUUUGUAUGGUUUAUACUUCUGUAUACACUGUUUGUUUAAAACAUCUAUAAACAAUGUUUUUGUUUUAAACAACAGUUGAUAGCUUUUGCCUUCCACAUCAUUAUACAAUGUAUGUUUUCAAACAGCUAUUGAGUUAACAAAGUAUGUUUACAACAACUAGCUACAAUGUAUGUUUACAACAACAAGUUACAAUGUAUGUUUACAACAACUAGCUACAAUGUAUGUUUACAACAACAAGUUACAAUGUAUGUUUUCUACAGUGUUUAGUUUCAAAAUACAAAAACUGUACCUGCAUGUGGUUUAACAUUCGUUAGAUAUGCUAAUGUUUUUAACAUCGGUAUAAAUGUUAAUUUCAAAUUGUAAUAAACUAGUCCAGAUUUUUAACAUCCACUACAACUCACAUUCUGUUAAAUAUUGUCAAAUAACAUAAAAGUGUAUGAGCUAACAUGUGCUACAGUUAAUUAGUUGUUAUUUUUGCUCAAUUUUCAUUGGACGAAAGAUAUUGUAAGAGAUUUAUUAUUAAGCAAUUUUUGAAGCAAAUGCAAUAUAGGGUUGAUAAGUAAGGAGUUGAUGUAUAGAAUGUCUGUGCCAACAGAGAUGUGUCUGUUAGAUGGCUUAACUCGAACAAUUUUAUGAGUUCAAAGUUUCAUUUCCAAAAAUGUAUGACCACCACAAGGUAUUUCAACCCAAUGUAUCAUCAUUAAAAACUGAGUUCAGUCAUAUGUAUGAAUGUUUGCUUGCUUUACAUGUAGAAUCUCGUCGCAUUUUAUUUUAGAUGUAUUUUAUUAACCGUUUAUAAAUGCGUUCACCUUUUAGUUCACGUUUAUUCCAAUGCUAAUGCUUUUUAGUUGGUACAUAUAUUUAUGUAAAUUAGUAUUAAUUUUGAUUUUAGCUGUACUUUAACUUCCUGUUGAUACAUAAAGAAUAUACAUGAUUAUUGAUUUACAUUCCAUGCCUUUAACAUGAAGAUGUACAUGCAAUCUGUAUGAUUUAGCUUUUGUUCGAGUUGUUGAUUGUUGUGGAGGGAUCAAUAUAUAUUUGUAUAUUUACCAGACAGAACAAAAAAUGUAUGUUAUUUUUAGUAAGUAAGACAAGUAUAUACAAUAAAACGUGUUUAUAACUUUGAAGUCUUAGGGUAAUGAUCACAAAUCUAAAACGUCAUGUCCUACACCGUUGUGUUGAUCACUUUUUGGAUUGUUGUAUCAAUUAUCAAUAAAAAAAUCCCGUUUCUAUAGUCCUGUCAUUCUGAUAUUUCCUUGGAUUUCAAAACUUUUGAAUGAGUAAUGUCCCUCAAUAAAAAUAAAAGCCUGUUAUCAGAAUCAUGUUAUAAACCUGUUUUACUGUACUGUAUGUAGGUUGUGAAAUGGAUAAUCAUGUUUGGAGUGUACACUAAUUAUCUGCAAGAGUUUAUCCUCAUUUCUUGGUGUUUAACGUAGUUCUCACAAAAAUGUCCUUUAUAUAAACUAAAUCUUGCCAAUUGUGUUUCUGCGUUUCCUAUUUUCUUUAUUGUUUUCUAUCUACGGUAUAGUGAUUAUAAAAAUGUAUUUAUGUACAUUAUAUUAAUGCUGUGUAUUUGAUACACUAAUCAAACAUUUUCUUUGAACAUUUCACUUGUGCAGAUUAUCAUUUAUAUAUUGUUUGGCAAUUUAUUGUCCGUUUAUUCUUGAAAUUCCACACUUCAGUGAAAUUGAUUUUCAAGUAGACCACCACACGGGGUGGUCAGAUUGUAUAGACAUUGUCUAGUGGACCACCACACGGGGUGGUCAGAUUGUAUAGACAUUGUCUAGUAGACCACCACACUGGGUGGUCAGAUUGUAUAGACAUUGUCUAGUAGACCACCACACGGGGUGGUCAGAUUGUAUAGACAUUGUCUAGUAGACCACCACACUUGAUGAUCUGAUUGUAUAGACAUUGUCUAGUAGACCACCACACUGGGUGGUCAGAUUGUAUAGACAUUGUCUAGUAGACCAUCACACUUGAUGAUCUGAUUGCAUAGACAUUGUCUAGUAGACCAUCACACUUGAUUAUCUGAUUGUAUAGACAUUGUCUAGUAGACCAUCGCACUUGAUGAUCUGAUUGUAUAGACAUUGUCUAGUUGACCAUCACACUUGAUGAUCUGAUUGUAUAGCCAUUGUCUAGUAGACCAUCACCCUUGAUGAUCUGAUUGUAUAGACAUUGUCUAGUAGACCAUCACACUUGAUUAUCAGAUUGCAAAGUUGAUAGUUCAUUCACCUUUCACCAAGUUGGCCUUGGUUCAAUUCCUUGAUAUGACUUUGGUCACCUACUUUAUGGCGUUGGUUAUUUUUGUUCUAGGUAAUCCAGUUUCCUCCUACAUUUACUCUUUUUGAGCUUUCAUUCAAGCCAUCGAAAGUGAUUAAUAUAUAUAAAUUUGAAAAAUUUGAUUCAUGAUUGUUGUAAAAUAAAUAAAGCUUAUGUCUUUAUUUGUAGUAGAUCACUGUCAUGGUACAAUGUCCAGAAGACCAUCGGACAGAAGUGACUAUUUUCACCAAAGCACCCAGAGAAUUUGUUCCGGGAAAAUAGCUUGACACUGUAAAAUUAAAGCACUGUACGUUUCAUGUCUCUGUGGAGAUAAAUAUCAGUUGAUAUCUGACAAUGUAUUACUACAGAAUGACCUACCUUUACCUGUUUGUAGCCUCGAAAAUUACACCAGAGAGGAGGCUGGUAAAUGUUCUAUCUGUGUACUGUGUGGUUUAUAUGUUGUAUUUACUUCUAAUUAAUUAUGUAAGUGCCUGACAGAGCAAAAAUGUCUAGAAAAAGUGGUAGGGAAAGUCUCUUUGCCCUUCAAGCAGUUGUCUGUAAGGAGGUGGAGUCUCUUUGCCCUUAAAGCAGUUGUCUGUAAGGAGGUGGAGUCUCCUUGCCCUUAAAGCAGUUGUCUGUGAGGAGGUGGAGUCUCCUUGCCCUUAAAGCAGUUGUCUGUAAGGAGGUGGAGUCUCUUUGCCCUUAAAGCAGUUGUCUGUAAGGAGGUGGAGUCUCCUUGCCCUUAAAGCAGUUGUCUGUGAGGAGGUGCUAGUGGCCAGGUACAGAAAGGUUUGGUCGGUUUGUGCUGUACGUCCAUUUAACAUCUAUGGUCGUUUAAGGACAAGCAAGGUUUUGGUGGUAGAGGAAAACCAGAGUACCUGGAGAAACUCCACCAACCUGUGGCCAGUACCUGGAGAAACUCCAUCAACCUGUGGCCAGUACGUGGAGUUUCUCCACCAACCUGUGGCCAGUACCUGGAGAACUCCACCAACCUGUGGCCAGUACCUGGAGAAACUCCACCAACCUGUGGCCAGUACCUGAUGACUGCCCCUCUUUGGCUACCACAUACCCAAAAGACUGCUGAGGGUUGAAUGUACAAUGAAGGCAGGGAAUGAUUAUUUUUCUCCCACCCUUAAAAAGGAUGAUUAGACGAAAAAUAAUACUUUCUUUGUAUGCCAACUGCUCAUGAUCAGCUUGAUGAAAUCACAUGAUGAAAUGUUUUCAUGGUGAUACCACAAGCAUGUAUAGCUCGUCUAUACCCGGGGGGGGGGGGGGGGGGGGGAAAAAAAANUCACUAGAGUGAGAGUCAUAUCGAUGAAGAGUAGGAAAAUCAAACUUUAUUAGUACUACAGAUUAACUCAUUCACCCCUGAAGACACAUUUGAACUCUUCCAAUUCAAAGGUUGGAAUAGUCCAUUAUGAUAUUUUCAGAGGUGAAUGAGUUGAUGACAUGUUGUUAUACAGCUAGAGCUGAAAUGAUUUUGGUAUCCAAACAUUUGUUGUAUUCGUAUAAUACAAAUUGGCCUGUCGGACAUCUCCGCAGUCCUAAGGCAGAUGUUUAGAAGACUUGCAUUACCAGAUAGACAUCGACAGUGUUCCAAGUGCAAUUGAUGAGAAACACAACCUAAGAAUGAGAUUAAGACUGGACCUCCUGUCCUGCAGUGUUUGCCUUACAUUGUCUGUAUUAUUAAAUCAGUGAUAUAAAUGUACAUCACAUAUAUUUUAUUUAAAGCCUGAUUUGCUUAAAAAAUAAACUUAUACAAAAGCU